CCUGCCGGCCUUUCGCAUAUUCUCGGUCAGUACCGGUACUGUUCAAAGGCAAGCUGAAGUGCGCUUCCUGUGCCAUUUAAACAGAAGUUACAAAUUAAGAAGCAGAAUAACCAGAAGUAGAGAAAUGGCAGAAGGCGAAGAAGAUGAUUAUAUGUCAGAUAGCUUUCUUGUAGAAAGCAAGGAUACAAAACCCAAGCAGCUGGCAUGGGGGAAGACGGCUCGACUGAAUAAAAUGGAAGCCAAAAGAAAGGAAGCUGCUGAAAAAAACAAAUCAAAGUUCAAACCAGUGAAGGUGCGUGAGGAAGAGCAGAGACAGAAGGGUCUUAAUAGUGCAAUAUCAACACAGAGUAAAGGGUUUGCUAUGCUACAGAAAAUGGGCUACAAACAAGGUUCAGGGCUUGGGAAGACAGGAAGUGGAAGAGCAGAACCAGUUGGAAUUGAAAUUAAGACAGGAAGAGGAGGUCUAGGUCAGGAAAGCGAGCUGAAAAGAAAGAAAGAAGAGAUGGCAAAGAUGAGAGAGGUAAUGGCCCAUAAGAGGGCUAAGAUGGAGGUUCAUCACAAGGGAAACUUCCUGCAGAAGAUGAGUGAGAGGUUCUCUGAGAAAGAAGUGGAGAAAGACCUUAACAACAGUCAGAAGGCAUGUGCUCAUCUCGAUCAGGCACAGGGUUACAGUGAACCAGAGGUAAUUUGGUACUGGCCUAAGAGAAUGCUUCCAGAAGAGGAAGUUGAGAAUGAGGAGGAAGUAGAGGAUGAAGUUGAAGAAGAGGAAGAGGAGACAGAAGAAUUAUCAAAUUCAGAUAAGCUGUGUGAAUUAACCCAUUACCUGAGGACGCAACACCUAUAUUGUGUUUGGUGUGGCACUGCCUUCAAUGAUGACAAAGAUAUGGAAGAGAACUGCCCUGGAAACAAUGCUGAUGUACACAGAUAACACCAAAUGGAGAGAAGCCAUCAAAACUUAUUUAUUAUCUUAACUCUGGAUCAGUGACAGCUCAGAUCUUCUGUCAUUACUGAACUUUACAACCUGGAACACAUGAUGAUUGAAAGCCAAUAAUCUAUAUCAGAAAUGCCACUGCCUAGUAUUAAUGCAUUACUUAGUGUCAGAAACAUGUUGCUUCUGUACAAUGUUGAUGAAUUAUGAAUUGAAAUUCAUACUGUAUGUGGAAAAAAUCUGCAAUAUUUCAACUGUAUGCACCAAUUGCUGGCAGGUGUCAAGGAGUGGCUAGUAUAUGCAUUCAAGUCACCAUGUGACAAUACUUAUCUGAAAACGACUGGCAAAAUUCACUUGCUCCAAGGGAUGAGGUACUGUCUCCUUUGAUAAUGAGGAAUUAUACUGAUAUAGUAUGUAUUGUCACCUACUGCAUAAGAUUUGUUGGCAUGACAAGGAUAGAAGUUAAUAUAAUGUCUUCAACCUUAACAACACAAAUGUCCUUUGGUCUACACCAGGGAAUGCACAGCUACCAAGCCUAAGUAGCUGGCAUCUGCUUCCUAGGACCCAUAACACAAAACUUAGCAAUGAUCUUAGAACAUUUUUCUAUGAUUGAUUGCAUUGACAUGAAAAUAAAUAGUACGAUCAAUCACUAACCUUUGUUUUCAGGAACCCAGGAUGAAACACUUUUUUUAAGUCAUGGUAUCCAAGGAGCGGAGGUCAGUGCUUCCUCGAGAACAGUGAAUGUAUUCUCACAUGCUUAAUUCCAUUGUGGUCUAUUGCAUAUUGGCCAACCAUGUAUGGUCUUUUUCUUGCACUUCCCUUUUUUUUCUGACCACUUCAGAAAUUUGUACAUGUACAUAUUAUACAACAUUGUCUAUCAUCAAUGAAGACAACCAUUUCUUUUGUAGUGUGUAUGUAUUCUCAGUUGUUACUGACCAAGACUACUAUGUAUAGCAUGUUGUUUCUAGAGAAAUUUUGACUGCUUGUUUGGAUCUGGAAAUCAGUCACCAACACACACAUCCAUACCCUUUAUACACGCCAACCCAUACAAGUGGUAGAUUCAUACUGCAUUUUACUCAUUGAUUUUGGAAACUUCUGGGUUAGAAGAUAGGUAUAAUAUAAGCAACAAUUUUCCAUGUUUAACUAAAUUCCGCCAAAAAAUGUCAAUAAAUAGAAUGAAACAAUUAACUUCACAUCUUUUUUCAAUCGUGGGAUACUGUAAUUAAUACUUGUUGAACCAAUUUGCCUUAUCAUUUAGCUGUGUUAUACACUGGUUGUAAGCCUGAGCACUCCCGUAAUCUUCAGAAUUUCUUGCCCGAGGCCGUACAGACUGUUACAAAACCAAUACCAUCAUAAAUGUAUUGCCUGAUGAUGUAUUGUGUUGAAAUAUUGCAGAAUGUAUUUCAGAUUAAGUUCACAUUUUGAUUUGUGAUUAUACUGCUAAAGAAAGUCAACAUUUAUGUUAACCUCAAUAUAACAAAUUUUAUAGUUCACUACAUUAUUUCAUUGGUACAGGAAGGUCAAAUGAAGGGUCGACAAACAUAAGGCAUUAACCCACAAAACAGUGAUCUUGAGAAAAAAAGAAGUUUAUUGAAUUUUCUAUGAAGUAUGAAGCAAAUGUACUGGGAUGCGGUGAAGUGCUAUUUCAAUUUAUGUAUAAAAGAAAGUUGAAUCGACUUAGGUUCUGUUUGAAGUUAUUGAUUAUUAUGAUACUAGAUUCUUAAAGUGGUAAAAAAUACAGAAAUUUUCUUUUAUUUGUCAAACCUUGAAAUUUAUUCUACCAUUUUUGGGGAAGAAAAUUUCUAAGCAAUUUAUCUAAUCAAAAUGAGACCUGUAGCUACAAGAAUUAAAGUAUAAACUACACAGACUGUGACAUUUUUAGCCUUUUAUAUACUUUUAAUUUAAUACAUCUUGUCAGUGAUUUAUACAAUGGGAGAUUAUGUCAAAAUGUAUUUGUGUUUAUAUGACAUACAAUGAAACUCUGCCAACAUGCACAAGACACCUGAAAAGAUGCAAGGUGCCUUAACUCAAUUCUGGGCCAUCUAUUUCAGCAGAUAUCCUGCUCAGUGUCAUUUCAUUGAUAAUCCUUUCAUUCCAUCAUAGACAAAUCAAAGCUUCGUAGAAAAA